AUGUGCUUGCCAAAACAUCUCGGAGGUAUGGGUUUCAGAGACAUAGGAGAUUUCAAUCAAGCUCUUAUGGCAAAACAGGCUUGGAGAAUCUUACAAGAACCAGAGAGUUUAAUGGCAAGAUUGAUGAAGCGUAGAUACUUCGAUGAAGAAUCCUUCUUGACAGCGAAACUGGGAGCGCGACCUUCCUUUGCUUGGAAAAGUAUCCUUUGGGGAAGAGAAUUGCUAGAGAAAGGAUUGAGGAAAAGAGUUGGAAAUGGGAACACGGUGAGUCUGUGGACAGAUAGAUGGAUUUUAGAUGAGGGUCUCAGAGCUCCUUGGCGCAUGAUCUUUUCAUUUGAUGUGAACUUGAUAGCCAGAGAUCUGAUUGACUUUCAAACGAGAAGAUGGGAUGAAAGUAAACUUAGAGCUACUUUCUUUCCAGAAGAUGUCACAUGUAUCCUGCAAUGCCAACCAGUUACGAGAGGGGAAGACUACUGGAGUUGGAAUCAUAACCGCAGUGGCGACUAUACGGUCAAAUCUGGGUUCUGGCUAGCCUCCAUUACCAACAAGGAAGAGAGAAUAGCAGAAGCUAGUAUGAGGCCUUCGCUAAACGAUCUGAAACACCAAGUCUGGUCAUUAAAAACAACCUCAAAGAUCCAAAGUUUCAUCUGGAAGGUUCUGAGUGGUGUGAUAUCGGUGGCAGACAAACUAGAAUAA